AUGGAUAGCUAUUUGAGAAGUUGGAAAAAUGUAUCAUGGGAGAAUGUGCAGCUCCGUGUUGAUGGUGAGAUCAAAGCGAUUGGUAAUCGACAGGAUGAGGCUGAAGAGGGGCGGAAAAUGCUUGUUGAGGAGAGUAAUAAAUAUCGGCAAAACACAGAUAAAGAGACUCGCCGUGUUGCCAUACCGCUUAUAAAAGCGUUCCAGAAGGAGGUGGAUCAGUUGACUGUGAGAGGAAAAGCAACAGAAGCAGCUUUGAUUGAGAUCUGUUCACAGCUCACGAAUUUGCCUGAUCCAACGCCGAUCCUUGAACAGGCGAUAGUCUGGAAGGCACAAGCAGAAAAGACUAAUAUAGCGGUCGAAGAGGCGAAUCACCUUCGAACGCAAAUCGGUCUCGUUCAAACAGAAUUGGCAGAUUUAAAGAAUCAGGAUGUCACAAUCCGUCAACUUCGCGACACUAUAGCAAAAUUGGAAGAAGAAAAAGUGAAAGAAGUUGAAAAAGCGAUCGAAGAGAUCGAACGAGAACUACGUGACGAAUUUUCUGUACGUGAUCACGAGACGACAAUGCGUUCGGAUAAACUGAAAGCAGAAAAUGCUGCGCUCGAGAAAAAAGUUAGUGAAUUAGAAGCACUAAUGCGAGAUGCACAACGACGUCUGGAUACUGUACGUGUAGCGGCUGAUCGCAAAGAAGCGCUAGAAAAUGAGCAGAUUGAUAUUCUGACAAGAGAUUUGAAUGAUGCCAAUAGAAGAGUGAUCUCCUUGGAAUCCGAACUGUCCCGAGUCACUGUCGAAUUGGCGGAAGCUCGUGCUUCAUCACAACGUGGUGGUCUUGAGGACAUUGCUGCCCUAGGGGGGUUAAUGAAAGAAAAAGAUGAACAGAUUGCCCGUCUUACUGAGGAAAAUCGUCGUCUACAAGAAGCGGCCGCAAUUGAUGCAAAAAAAACUCGUGCUCAAUGCGAUGAGCUGACCACAGAACUGAACAAAAAGACACAACAAGUGCAACAACUUGAAGCAUUACUGGCUGAUCAGAGCGAUUAUGAAGCGAUCAAAAAAGAGCUGAGAUUACUCCGUGAAAUUGAAUUCGGUGAGGCAGCUACGGCGAAUGAGGACUCGAUAGCACGUCUCGGUGAGACUGUACAAUCGCUGGAUAGACUCCUGGCCGCGAAAAAUCGCCGCCUGCAGAACGAUAACGCGUUGCUGCGUCAGGCGAACGAGCAGUAUCAAGGCGAUGAAGUUAUGCAGGCCAUACUUGCUGGUAGCCAUCAGGCUGUUGUAGAAGCUGUAACUACUAGGGUAGGACGUGAAGUUGCUGAAGGAUAUGUGGAUAAGGACGCGGAUCAGAUCCGAGGCUCAUCCAUACCGGAUAUACAAGAGUCAGGGAAGUCCAGUAAGCCAGAUGCUGACGACGAACAGAAUUUGUUCAAGAUUCUGAUGAAUAUGGGAACACCAGUAACUGCACCCUCAAAGGCUGAGAACGGGAACUCAACGUCUCGUUCUGCGCAGGAAAACUCAUCUUCAUCCGAUAUUCCUUUCGAACACUUCCGUUACUCACCGAAACUCACUAAUUAUACAGGAGAACCAGCGAAAACACCUCAAGAGUUGAAAGCGAUCCAGGAACUUCAGAUCCGUGUAGCCUCAAAUGUACGCGCACUUGGCGGCCGAGCAUUGAACACAGCAGAAAUUGCACGACAAUGCAAACGGCUGAUGGUGGCGUACAACAUCGGGCAACGACUAUUCGCGAAAUACGUCAUGAACCAGUCUCAAGGCUCGCUAAGUGAACUUUUGUCGAAACCUCGACACUGGAGUAAACUUACCGACAAGGGCCGUGAGGCGUUUCGUCGAAUUUAUGGCUGGAUCUCUGACGCGGAAGCAGUCGAUCUUCUAUGUUCAUUGAGUCCAAGACGGGUUUGGCCUAGCGAAGUUCGUAUUGAACACCCAACCCCCGAAUCCCUAUGGGAGAGCAACAGUAAUCUUCUCCCACCGGAAGAACCAGAUGAGAAUGCGUUUAAGCGAGCGACAAGCGCCAGAGAAGACCAGUAUCGCUUAGCGGGCACGAAUCAAGCAGCUAACGCUGGCUCUACGACACGUAAUAGCCGUUGGCGACACGACGACAUCCCUAAGGAGAAGAUAAUGAGCAUUUUCCAGACGGAGCUGGCAAAGCUGAGGGAACAGGAAUCGACUCUUGAAAGAGCGAUAGCGACUCGUUCAUUUGCGAGCGGUCACGUGAGAAGAACGGAUGAGCCCGUACCAGCGUACCAUGAAAUGUCGCACAAUGAAAGAAUGGCAUCCAUUAGUCAUGCACAUCAGGUUAUGAACGCUCGGAUGCGUGUGGGUCUGUCACCAAUUACCCAGGAUCAAUUUGAAAUGUUUGGACAUAUUGACACAGAGGAUGUUGUCAAACAGAUAAAAGAAUUCCUAUCAAUGAAUUCGAUUUCACAACGACAAUUCGGGGAACAUGUGCUUGGAUUAAGUCAGGGAUCAGUGUCCGAUUUGUUGGCUCGCCCAAAACAAUGGAACAUGCUGACCCAGAAGGGACGAGAACCAUUCAUAAGGAUGAAACUUUUUAUGCAUGAUGUGGUACAGUCGGCUAGUAGAGCACGAGCCGAAGCUGCCAAUAAAAAGAAGAACGCCGCCACCGAGAGUUCAGAGGUGCCGACGUCGGAUGCGAAUGAGUCAGCAAGCGAAACUGCUGAAAGUGUCGUAGCGAUAAAAGUAAAACGUGAGGUCCCUGACGAGGAAGAGGACGUGGUUGCGCUGCCGAGGUCCGAGUUUGACGCGAUGAGCGUAGGCGAUUCGCAAGAAUCUGAUACGGGUACGGACGGAGAAGCGGUCGAUACAGCUCUCCUGGUGCGGAAAGUGAAGGACAGAUUACAUUUGCAUGGAAUUUCUCAAAGGCUAUUUGGUGAAGCGGUCCUGGGAAUCUCCGCCGGAGGAUGCUCCGAGCUCUUCCUACGUCCUCGACGAUGGUCAACACUCUCUGUAAGAGGGCGAGAGCCUUUCGAGAAGAUGAGGGCAUGGUUGGCGGACAAGGAUGCUGUUCAGAGGCUUCUUGUUAAGGAACGAAUAGAAACUGGGCUUCCGCUUGAGAAGAACCUAGUGAAUGGGAAUGGGAAGAGGUUAUCUGACCCUCCGUAUGAACCUCCACCUCGUAAAGUGCAGCGUACCAUAAUUACGGAACAACAAAAAGAGGCGCUUCGAUUUGUGUUCCAACAUGAACAUCAUCCUAGUCAGAAAACUGUUGAAUUGCUGUCUCUCAAACUAAACCUCAACAUUCGAACGGUAAACAACUGGUUCCAUAAUCAUCGUACACGACAAAAAGCAAGUUUGAAAGAAGGGAAAGUAUAUCCACCAGCUGUUGCAAGUAUACCGGCUAGCAAGAAUUGGCAGCAGGAUCUGCACACAAUUCUCGAGAACGCCUCUCGUUUUGCGCUGAUGGAAGAAGCGCCGCCAACAAUGGUGCAGGUGCCGGCCACCCCUCUGUUCACAUCCAGUGGUGACGAACGUGCGAACUCUUCGCUACUCUUCUCGAACGACGAUCGCCCAGCGACGACGGCACCGUCGACGUCCCCGUUGUUCUCAUCUGAGGAACGUUGGGAAAAAACCAGUCAACUGGAUCACACAUUGGCAAAGAAUGAAACGGAAUUGAAUCAACUACGACAAGACAACUUCACUCAAAAAGAACUCAUCGAGAAAUUGGAAGCAGACUUGGCUGCUGCUGUCGCCGGACAAAGUCAUGAAAUUAAUGGUGAACUAUCAACGAUGGAUAUGCUUGGAGCUGUUCACGAAACGAAAUUAGACGGUGACACUAACAGCGUCCUCACCAUUGUCCUCGCACAAAGAGAUCGUUUAAAACUUCGUGUAGGAGUACUGGAAGAGGAAUUAAUGGCUGAAAAAACAAAACAAGCAGUACUACAGACCGAAAUUGAGAAAGUACGAGAGGAUAAUGUGAAACUUUACGGAAAAAUCAGAUUUCUCCAAGGAUACGGAAGUAAAUCCGCUGAAACUAGUGUUCCGCUACCAGAAGAAAGUAACUACAGUGCACAAUACGAGAAACGUUUGGAUCCAUUUCAACGAUUUGGACAGGCAGAAACGCUGCGCACUUAUGCUCGCCUUCCUAUCCAUGAUCGAGCGUCCCUCAGUAUUGGAAAAGCAAUUAUGACCUCAGCUUCGGCUCGCAUGACGUUCUUCUUCUAUUUGGUUUUCUUACAUCUUCUGGUCUUUUUGGUACUGUAUCGAUUCGCGUAUUUCGAGUCGUGUGAGCGUGACUUCCAGCAGGAUUGUGUCGCAAAAUUCGAACGUCAUAUGAAAGAACAUCAUCCAGGAAAUCCAAACGGAUGA